CCAUCGCUGUCGGUCUCUUCCCUCCCCCCAACCCCCGCCCUGCCCCCCCUCCCCCUGUCCCGCAGCAAGUUCUCAACAUGCCGUGUGUUGACGACUGGGUCAACGACCCUCUAGGUGCCGUGCAGGGUAUUUUUGUUCAGAAUGGUGCCGGUGGUGAAUGGGAGAAAAAAGUGAUUGAAUAUUUCAGAGAAAAGCUAAAAGAGACGACUGCAUCAAGUUGGGUGCCCUCCUUGAAUGAUGUUCCACUGCAUUACUUGAAGCCAAAUAGUUUGGUCAAAUUCCGCUGUAUGAUCCAGGAUAUGUUUGAUCCAGAGUUUUAUAUGGGAAUUUAUGAAACUGUGGAGACAUCUGCCAAAUCUAGAGUUCUACGUUUUGGAAAAUAUAAAGAUGUUGCUGAGUGUGGACUCCAACAAGAGGUUGCCUUAAACUCUGCCAAAUGUGUCACACUGGAGAGACAGACAUUUUACUGCAUUCCAGUGCCUGGAGAGUCAGAAUGGGUCAAAGAAGCCUAUGCCAGUGCCAGUCAAGCACGUGGUAACCCUUCUACGUCCUAUACUCCAAGUCGACACAAAAGGAGUUAUGAGGAGGAUGAAGACAUGGAAAUGCAUCCUCACAAAUUAAAGGAGCAAUGUUCAGGUGCUGGCUGCAGUGGAUCACAAGCCUGUGGCGAUGCUAAGCGCCUUGAAAAGGAAGCACCAGGUGCACACCAGAAUUUGCCUAACUGCACUACAUCAAUUGAUCUCAACUUCCCAUUACCUGGGGAGAAAGGCCCUGCAUGUCUUGUUAAGAUCUAUGAGGACUGGGAUAAUUUCAAAGUAAAUGACGUGCUGGAGGUUUAUGGGAUUUUAUCAGUGGAUCCAGCACUUGGUGUAAUAAAUGAUGAGAGUACGAAGGAUGGUUCAUCAAUUCUGGAUCCAAUUGAAUGUAUGGACACUAUGGAGGAGCAGCGUGUUCACAGUCCUCCACCUUCAUUGGUUCCAAGGCUUCAUGCCAUUGUGACUCUCAAACUGCAGCAUGUCAAUCCUUUCCUUCCUACCACCCUGAAGGAUAAAGAAAGCAAGGAUUCUAUCACAAACAUUCUGCCUGAUUUGUCAACAGUCAGAGCAGAGUUGCUUGGAUUCCUGACACACAUGUUACUGGGAGACGGUCUAGCUGCUGAAUAUCUUCUACUGCACUUCAUAUCUACAGUAUACUCGCGGCGUGACAUUCUACCACUGGGUAAAUUCACAGUAAAUCUCAGUGGCUGCCCAAGGAAUAACUCGUACACAAAGUGUCUUCACAGGACCAUUCAGCAGCUGGUUCCCUCAUCCUAUUGUCUACCCAUGACUCUCAACAACAUGAACACCCUACAGUUUAUCCCACAUAAAGACUACACUGCAAACCGCCUUGUUACUGGAGUACUGCAGCUGGCCAGUAAUACUUCACUCAUGUUAGAUGAGACGUUAUUGGAACAAGGGCAGCUGGAUGCUACAGGUGUCCGAAAUGUGACAGCACUUGGUAAUUUGAUUACCUGGCAGAAGGUGGACUAUGACUUCAACUACCACCAGAUGGAAUUCCCUUGCAAUAUUAAUGUACUCAUCACUUCUGAAGGAAGAUCUCUCUUACCGUCUGACUGCCAAGUCCAUCUACAGCCUCAGAUGAUUCCUGCCAACAUUGACGAGUAUAUGACUAACUUGCAAACAGCUGUAGUGCCAUCCAUGCUCAAGAAAUUUCGCAUAUAUCUGAGUUUACUGAAACUGAUGGACUACAGUAUAUCAGAUGAUGUGACCAAGGCAGUGGAAGAAGAUUUUGUGGAGAUGAGGAAGAGUGAUCCUCGGAGCAUAACUGCAGAAGACCUCCAUCAGUUGCUUGUUGUCGCAAGGUUGGUGUCACUGAGUGCUGGCCAUGUGACCUUAUCACGAGAGAGAUGGCAGCGAGCAAAGCAGUUGGAGGUUCUACGCAAAAGCAGGCUGCAGCAGCAAACCCAUGUAAAUGGCAAUGAACCUUAAUGAUGGACAGUCUUUAAAAUUCAAGAGAUUAUCGAACAUGCAUCAGUGGGCUUUAUUUAAAUUUGAAGAACUUACAUUCCUUCUCAGCCCACCUGCCAAAUCAUCUGUCAUCAGGUUGAGGAAAAACAAGUUUUUCCCCUCUUUAUAGAUCAUUUGUAUCAGAUUUUCUUACAGAAAUUUCUUAAAUCUAAAUUCUACUUUAUUUCUAAUUUGUGUUGCUUGAACUGCAUUUUAGUUGAAUGCAUCCAUUUGUGAAAAUAUCUUCUACAUUCCUCUACCAUAUAAUUCUCAAAUACAAACUAUUUUUGUAAUUUUGUAAACUACAUUUGCAUAACAUUGUACUCGUUUAAAAAUUGCCUUUUUUUUAAAAAAGUGAACUAUGAAGAUUUCAACAGCUCUUACAUUAUUUCUCUCUUCUUGAAAUGAUUAAUCUCAUUGUGAGACAGGGAUGAAGUUCUAGUAAUGUCUGAAUAUCCAGAUCUAAACUUGUACAGGGACAUUGGAACAAACAGUCAAUCAGUUUGUUUACAUCACAGAUUUAACAUGGACAACUUUUUGUUUGAUCAGACGGGCUAACUUCUAACACUGAAGCGUUCCCUUAUUUAUCACUUUUUUGAUAUUAGUGCUCAGAGUUUACUGGGUAUUUAAAUUACGUAGAAGCUGCCUUCAAACCAUAACUGUAUUUUUGCAUCUAUUUGAAAAUAUGUUUCUUAAUUCAGUGAAGUGUCGACCAGCAAUUUAUACUAAUUGCAAAUCAAACGUGCAAUUUGGCACAUCUGAUGCAGUGGGAUAGAACUCCUGAUGGGGCAGAUGGGCUGAAAUGGCCUUCCCUUUGUCCAUUCUUUGACCUUAUUCAAUUAUGUAGAAUAUGUGCAUCUGGUAACAAGUGAAGUUAAAUUAGUAGUUUGUAGACUUGUGUAUGAAUAAGCCAGGUUGUAUCAUUUGGUUCAAAUUAAGCCUGCUCUGACAGGCUUAAACUUUGGAGCAGCCUUAAACAUUUUGACCAUUUGAUUCAAUUGGUGUAUAAAUACACCCAUUUUUUCACUUUUAAUCUGAGUUGGUGGAUUAUGAGAAAAGGCAGUGCAUUAUCAGUUAGAACUACUCCAUGGUAUAAUUUUUCACCACUUGGUUGUAGUUUAUAUGCUAGAUCAGGAUUAGUUGCACCUGAACAAAUCAUUUUUAAAGUACCUUAAACAUUCUGUAUUAGUGGAUUGGAUGGUUAAGAUUAACUUAAAAAAAUACAGCAUGCCAGUUGUCAGGAAUUCAGGUUAAGGAAGUCAUUGCAGGACAGUAGAACCUAUCUUCUAUGCCCACUGGCAGCAUGGACUACUCCCAGGAUUGAUACUCAAUUUUCCUGUGCUUUGCCCCAACAUUGUGAUUUAUUUCAAACCCUGAACAGCUUCCAUUCACCAGUGCAAGACUGUAAAUCUGGAGCAAUUUUAAGUAGCUUGGUUACCUUGAACUAGGAACUGUAUUAGAAAUGUCCAAACUUCAAUAAUAACGGGCCCUUACAGCUCACAGUGAAGGAGAGUAAAUCAAGCACAACUGGCUUCAUGCAAAGGUCUGUAGAGACCAGUUUCAUCAUCUCACAUUGAUGUGCUUCCCAACUCUUAAACCUGUUGUGUAUUUAAUGUAUUUUUAUAGCAGAUGGACUAAACUUCAAUAUCAAUUGAAUUGGAACUUUUCCAGCUGAUGACAGCCAAGUUCCAAUUUAACUUUUUUAAAAUAUGCAUGGAGUCAGUUUUACAUUCGCCUAAUGGAAAAUAUUGGUUUUGGGGAACUGAAUUUAGGCAUUAAGUAUUCUGGUACAGUUAGAGAUAGUGUUCAUCCAUCUUUUCUCGGUGUCAACAAUAUCCCUUAAGCGCCUUUCUCCGGAACCUGUACAAUGUACUGAAGCAAAGCAUAUUACAGUUGUGCCUUCCUGACCCUUUUCAGCAAGCAGCUGUUAUUUAAUAGUAAGUGAAGUCACGAAUUACAUCAAGAAACUUUAAAAGCAUUACUGCAUUUGAGGAUUAAUUGGCAUGGUGCGCAAAACAGAUUUAGUAAACACCAAAGCUUUGAAGCCUUACAUCCAGAGAAUUCAAGGUAAAGUUAAUGUAUCGAGCAUUUUUCCCCAAAAGUGUUUACUGAAAAUUCCAAAUGAUUCCAUCUUUAAAAGAGCAGUUUUUUUGUGUUGUAAUGGCUUUGCUCAAGAAACUCUCAUUUGCGCUCAAGGUGCUUUCCUUGAUUGUUUUGCCCCCAAGGUUUCCAGUGUUCCAUUUAACAAAGUAAUAUGGUUGAAUAAAGUCAGUCUUUGUUACCUUUUCAAAUAUACUGACUUCUGGAUUUGGUUGGUUUGGAGUUCAGAGCGGUUGUUAAUAAUUUUGAUUAAUUCAGAAGAGUUGGUACAGAAACAGAUUGCCUUUUGCAUUAUGAUUUUGAGUACUGUGUUCCUGAAUUUAAAAAAAAAAACAUUUGAGCUGACUUUGGUACAUAGUUACUUAAGAGAUGCACUGCCAUUUUUUUUUUAAGUUUCUGCUAUUCUCAAAUAAUUCUGCGACAUUGUUAAAAUUUUGGAUAGUUCCAGGUUUCUCUCAAAAACACGUGUAAUUAAAGGGUGGGAUAAAUCUGCAUUUUCAGCAAAGAAUUGUGAGGCAAGUGAUUUUUUUUCCAUGUGAUCUUUGAAGAUUUCUGUACAGUGAUCAUCAGGGAUAUUUACUGUAAAUUACUGUUUCUUAAACAAAUUAAAAGCUACUUUUUUUAAACUUU